AUGUCAACGAUCCCAAUUGUUGGUUUGCAGGUGUGGAAAGCAGAACUGGCAUUAUCUGAUUUUGUUUUGCAUAAGAUAACUUUAUCUGAGCUUGAUGGAACUGUUGCUUUAGAACUUGUAGCUGGAACAGGGUCUUAUCUUAUUGCUCUUGCCAGGACUGGUGGGAAUAUUGCUUGCACGGAUAAAGGUGACCAUGUUCUUGAAAACUGUGCCAAAAACAUUGGUCUUAAUUCUGGAGGGUUUAGUGCUGGAGUUGCAGUGCAAUAUGUAUUCCUGGCCUUAUCAGAGGUUGAAGAAGCACAGGGAGUCUCGUUGCUUGUAGCUGCUGACGUUAUCUAUAGCGAUGACUUGACGGAUGCAUUUUUUAAUAUUUUGGAAAAGUUUGUCUCAAGGUUCAGAAAAGAUUUUUGA